AUGGUUUCAUUCAAGUCAUUAAUCACUUUAGCUAUUGCUGUUACUUCAGUUUCAUCAUUCAAUUUAUUACACGAUGAUAAAGGUUAUGCCAUUUUACCUCCAACCAAUAUUGUUUUAGAUCAUUUAAAACAAGUUGGUAAAAAAGCCGUCACUACUCAUUAUGAUGUUCUUAAUACUAUUAAAGAUGAUGGAGAAAUUGUUCAUGUUAAUUUGCAUACUCAUGAAACUAAAUGUACUGGUAAAUAUGCUAAAGAUUAUGAUAAUUCUGUUUAUGAUAAAUAUAAUAAAAAACAAUUAUUUAUUAGAACCAUUGAAGAUAGUUCAUUAAAACAAUGUUUGAAUAAAGAAUAUGAAGCUGAAACCAGUGAAUGUGGUUAUGAUUUUAUUGAAUAUAAUUCUGCUUCUAAUUGUUCAAGUGAUGCUACUAAAUAUUCAUGUCUUUUAGAUGUUAUGAAACAACAAGAUGCUACUAAAAAAUUAAAAGAUAUGGAUGAUGUUCCAGCUCAAGUUAGAUGUUACCAUAAAUUAGAUCAAGCUACUAAAGCUGAAGUUGUUGGUGGUGCUUGUGCUAAAUAA